AUGGCCACAAUCAAGGAGAUCACCAGCUACUCUGAGUGGGAUGCCCACCUGGCAUCCCUUCCUCCAUCUACGCUGCUCAUCAUCUCAUUCCACGCCCCGUGGGCCGCACCAUGCGCCCAGAUGGCCACAGUUCUCAGCACCCUCGCCUCCGAGUACCCCGCCGACGGCUCAACAUCCUGGGUCUCCCUGAACGCAGAGGAGCUCUCCGACAUCAGCGAGAAGUACGACGUCACCGCAGUCCCAUUCCUCGUCCUCUCAAAGAACGCCAAAGUCCUCGAGACCGUCAGCGGCAGCAGCGCAGUCAAGGUGCGGAACGCGAUUGAGACACAUGCGGGCAAGCCUGGUGCGACAACCGCCGGCGCCACAAACGGUGCCUCGGCGGGAGACGCCAUGGCCGUGGACGAACCGGCGGAGACAGACCCAGCAAAAGCAAAGGAGGAGCUCACCAAGAGGCUGGAGGAGCUGGUCAAGGCGGCGCCGGUCAUGCUAUUCAUGAAAGGUACCCCCAGUGGACCGCAGUGUGGCUUCUCGAGGCAGAUGGUGGCGUUGCUGCGGGAGAACUCGGUCAAGUACGGCUUCUUCAACAUUCUGGCGGAUGAUGAAGUACGGCAGGGCCUCAAGGAGUUCGCGGACUGGCCCACAUACCCGCAACUAUGGAUUGAGGGAGAGUUGGUGGGCGGUCUGGAUAUCGUCAAGGAGGAGAUUGAGAACAACCCAGACUACCUCAAGCCGUACAGCGUUAAAGGCAACGGCGAGUGA